AUGCCGGCUAUAAAUCCGGCGCGGGCUCCACCGCUUCGAUCGCGUUACAGGCGGGCCUCCAAUCCUCAUGAACAGGUCCGGCCGAGCUGCCUUGCAUCGGUAGCUUCGUCUCUGUGUAACUCGAGCUCCUGCGCUUCUGCUCCUUCCCGUCACUUCACUUCCGCGUCCGCCUGUUGUUCCCCACGUGCCCCUUGCCGCUUCUCUCUUUCGUUCAAUUCGGUACACACUUUUUCUUCUUCUUCCGCCGUCUUGCCCGCCAGGCCAACAUGGCAGAGGCUGGAGGGCUUCCACAGAGUUUUGCCGGCGCCCUUUUUCGUGUCGCGCCUCUGGGCACGUCAGCUGGCUGGCGGUGCCUCUCUGUCUUCCAAUGGGAACGACAACCUGCAGCCAUUCCCAGGAGCCAGACUUCAUAGCUGCUCUCUGUCGUGGGGUGUCGCUUCUGUUUCUUCGUGCUCGCCGCCAUCGUCGACGUCUCAGCGUGUUGCGCCAUGUGCGCCCUCAGGGCGCUUGCUCGCUUCCCCGGCCUUUGCUCACGCGUUCGUGCGUGCUUUGACGUCGUCACAGUCUUCCCGGUGGGCAUCUUCCGCCUCGUCUUCGGGGCUUUUCUCGCUCCACUUCUCUCGGCGUCGGCAGCUGCCUGAGCAUUCUUCGCUUCCUUCUUCCUCCCAUGCCUCUGUCUGCCGGCCGCUGCAUCCUCCGUCGUCACUCUGCCUGCAGCCCGGCCCGUUGCAGCUGCGUGCCCGCGCCGCCGGUCUGCUGGACGCCUUCCGCCGAGCUGUCUCGCAGGAUUCCGUGAACGACGAGGAAGUUGCGCGGCGACCCCACAGCAGUCCGCAAGCAAGCGAGCCCGGAGGACAGGCGCCUGCGGAUCUGCGCGCGACGCCACUCGGGGACGAGGAACUGCAGUUUCUGCUUCACAAUAUCUCGAUUUUCUCUCCAUCGGAACUUCUUAUUCUGUUUGCGUGCAUUGUGCGGUGGCACGAAAAGGCCGCUCUGCCGUCUUCGUCUGUCGCCUUCGCUUCGCUGCCGUCCACGCCACCUCCCCUCUUCGAGGUGCUUUCCCCCGCUGCCGCUGCGUUGCUGUCGGAGCUCGUCUCGCGAUUGGGCACUCAGCUGCCUCUUUUGCCGGAGUUUCCUUCGUCGGCUCUCUUGUGCGGGCGGCUCGUUCUGUCCAGCCCUGGCGGCGGCGCGCCCCGUUUCUGGGAGCAGUAUUUUCAGUUUUUCCUCUCAGCGGCGCAGCUGCGGAGUUCCGAGGCCCCGGGCAUCCACAACAGCAGCCUACGCGUGUCCGCGGCGCCUGAACUUCUGCAGCUUCUCUCCUUCCUGGCGCAGUACAAGGCCCAGGGGCGCGCGCAGCGCGCUGCCGGCGCCCAGCGCUCAGGCGCGGCCGGUUGGAGCCCUUCCCUCGCAGGUCACGGCGACAAAACAGAAAGCGAAUGGAGCAGUCAGCACCUCAGCCGCUCGGCGCCCGCGACGGGGGACGCUGACGGAGACAGCCACGCGCCGGCUGCGCAGCGUGAUUCAGAAGAACUGGCGGAAUACUCAAACGCACGACGUCGGGGGUCAGCUCCAGGCGACGCAGCGGCGUCGCGCUCCGCGACCGAAGAGGCGAGUUCGCCUCUAAGAAACGACGCAGGAGCGGCGGAAGCGCGGCAGGCAACCCCACAGGGCGCCGAGAGGGCCCAUGCGGUCUCUUCGCUGUCUCCGUCGUUUUCUCCGUCUUCCUCCUUUGGGCGACGAGGACGGCUGACGACGCUGCAAGAUGACAGUCUGUACGAGAGGCUCGUCGCCGCGCUGUGCAGCCGCCUGGCCGCGCGUCCCACGCUGGAGACGUUGAGUCCGCCAUCGCUCAUCCGCUUGUUGCUUCUGCUGGCUGAGUUAAGAGCCAAGCAUGUACCUCUCCUCACCGAAAUCGCCGCGUUGCUGAAGCCGCUCGGUCCUCCGGAGCCCCCGGUGCCAGCUGCCGCGCCUGUUGGUCCGAAGGAAACGGCGAGGAAGAAAGCGAGCGUCGCAGUCAGCCUUCCGCUCGCCAGUUCGUCCUCUAGAAGGCAAACGGCCACACAGCUGCGCAGCGACCUCAUGGCAGGGGACGACGCUGCAGAGGGAGAGCCACAGUUCGUGGCUCGCGUCGCGGCAUCGGGGUUGAAUCGUGCGUUUCAGCCUCAGGAUCUCGUUGUCAUUUUCGCCUCGUUCGCCGCAUUGGAGGCAAAUGAGUUCCAGCCGCUGCUUCGCAGCGUGAGCGACGUUUUGGCUCUGCAUGCGCGCCAGCUCUCGCUCCAGCUGAUGGCCUCCACUCUCGACAGCUGUUCGCGCCUGAACUUUUAUCCGAAACGCCUUGCUAAGGCGCUUCUGGAGGUGCUUCCCGGCGCGCUGGUGAGCGCGUCCGCAGAGCCAGCGAGGCCCGAAUUCAUGCCGCAGGACAGCGAACAAUGGGAAUGCAGAAAGACUCAGGGCCGCCGCGCGAUGCAGGCGAGACGCGUGCCGGACAAAAGAAGGGACAGAACAGGCAGAGCCCAGGCGGAGGGCCUCCGGGUUGAGUUUGCGUCACCCCCGUCUGCUUCUUUACCAGCGUCCUUUCUCUGUCUUCAGUCGACUGCCGCAGUGUGGCCCUCCUCAGUGUGCAUUCUUAUGAAGGCGCUAGCGCGUCUGAAUGUGCGGCACAGAGGGACUCUGAAAGCCGCGCUCUUGAGCUUGAAUGCGCCGCAGGGUCGCGGGGUGCUUCCCUCCCCCUGCCGGUUGUCUUCACCAGACUCGCGCGACUCUUGUGCCUCUCCGCGGUGUGCCGACGACGCGGGCGGGCCUGACUCGCUCACGAAGGCGCCUGCGCACGCAGCCGGGCUGCGCGCAGCUCUGAAGUGUGCCGCCGCCCCUCACGUCGUCUCGCCGCACCGCCUCACGCCACAGGACACCGCUUCAGUACUGUACGCGCUAUAUCGCCUCGACGUCUGGGACUCCAACACUGUUCGCGAAUCUCUCGCACACCUGGAGCAGCUCGGCGGCUCAGAGCUUCUCGCGGCGCUGGGCCUCAAGGGCUGCGCGAAUCUCCUCCUCGUCGCCUCGUACUUCUCGUGCGCGGGCCCGAAGCUCUACGAUGAGAUCCUGCCCUACAUGCUGCCCAUGGAGUCGAGGCUCACGAAGGAGGGCAUCUCUCAGCUGAAGAUCAUUGAGCUCGCGUGCCGCGUUGGUCACUUGCCGUUCUCCUUCAGCGGGCUGAGUGCGGCCUCGCGCGACCUGCUACUCCGCAUUCGCUCGUGCGGCAUGGAGCCGGAAGAGGUGUUCGUGUCGGAUCUCCAGCGAGAGGUCUCUUCAACUGCGCGAACUGUCGGCUACCACUGCUUUACUGAGGUUCAGGUGGGCCCAUACACGCUCGACUUUGUCAAGCCCGUCACUCCGGAAGACGCGAUGAAGCUGGCCAUGGAAGAGGAAGCGCGGAAGUCCAAUCCGGGCUUCCGGCGGCCGCUGCAGUUCAUCGACGACCCGUUUGAGCAUGAACUAGACACCAAGGGCGUUGUGCUUGAAGUCGACGGCCCUCAGCACUUCUACCGCGACUCGUUCCACUGGACAUCCGCUAGCAAGCUGAAGCAUCGCCUUUUGACGGGGCUCGGAUUCCGAGUGGCCCACGUGCCCUACUUUGACUGGCUGAAGCUUGAGUCCGAGGACGUUCGGCGGGUUUACCUCAGGUGCGCGCUGGAACGGGCGGAGGCCCCUGCAGGGGAUGACCUGGAGCGUUGGGCUUCUCGCGUCGCCGCAUCGAGCGACGUCAACAAGAGAGCCCUAGGUAGCAAGGAAAGUCAAAGCACGCCCGCAGCGCACGAGCGCGGCGAGGCCAACACUCCGGCAGCAAGAACAAACAGCGUUGCACCGUGCGCGCAAGAAGAUGAUUCUGCUGGAGACGAUGGCAGACGAAUCGCAGAGAGUUUGGCGUUCGCACCCGCGCCGUUCCUAACCCCCCAGGAGCAGCGGCUGUUGCACGAAAAGAAGCACCAAGACUCUACAAAGCGGAAGAAAAUCAUGUUGGCGAUCUCCAAAAGGGACCGGCGGCGACAGAAGCGUGAGGACAUGGAGGCCCGAAGAAGAAAAGAAGCUGCGAUACAGAAUAACCCCCGUAACUACAAGCUGUGA